UUGCAUAUAGCUUAUACAAUAAAGCAUACAAUAAUUAGUUAGUCACCAAAAAAAGAAGGAUCAAUAUGUCUUGUAGGGAUAUUGAACCACUUGUUGUUGCAAGAGUGAUAGGAGAAGUAGUAGAUAGUUUCAACCCAAGUGUGAAAAUGAAUGUGAUAUAUUGCUGCAACAAUGGAAGCAAGCAAGUGUUUAAUGGUCAUGAGCUCAUGCCUCCUGUCAUUGCUGCUAAGCCUCGUGUGGACAUUGGUGGAGAAGAUAUGAGAUCUGCUUACACGCUCAUGAUGACCGACCCAGAUGUUCCAGGUCCUAGUGAUCCUUACUUAAGGGAACAUCUCCACUGGAUUGUUACAGAUAUUCCUGGUUCUACUGAUGCCUCUUUUGGAAAAGAGAUAGUUAGCUACGAGAGUCCAAAGCCAGUAAUCGGGAUUCACCGAUAUGUAUUCUUAUUGUAUAAGCAAAAUAGAGGAAGACAAACAGUGAUACCACCAGCAACAAGGGAUCAUUUCAACACUCGAAAGUUUGCGGCAGAAAAUGGAUUGGGUUCUCCUGUUGCUGCUGUUUACUUCAAUGCCCAGAGAGAAACUGCUGCCAGAAGAAGAUGAAUAAAAUUAAAAUUAUGCAAAUUAAAUAAGGUCUGCACUAUACGCAGAAUUUUUCGUAAGUGAAUGCAUCAUCGAUCUCCACCUAUCAGGUUGCACUUGC